GACAGUGUGGUGGCCAGUGGUCUGAAUGACAUCAGUUACUGUAUAAGGACCGUGGUGUACACUGACUCUGACCUGGCAGUCACACCUAUUAUGGACAACCAAAGGUACCACAAACUACAUCAUAUUCUGAAGACCGCUCCAGUGCGAUAUGACCUGAAGACUUUGUGUGUCCGAGCAUACUCAGUGGAGAAGCUGUCCUGUCUGAGCUCUGAGGACUGGGGGGUGUUUCUGCAGCAGCUGUGCUCUUCUCUGGAGUCCCAGGCUGAUAAGACCACGGCGGCGGUCCGCUCCAAACUCAACCUCCUCUGCUAUCUGUGUACCAUAGCUGCCCACAAGGACACAGCUACCAGGCUCAUCAACUCCGAGCUGUUCCCUGUGUUGACCCAGCAGCUGCGUCUAGCACCUAACUGGGAUGUGAAGUUUAAGGUGAUGCGGGUGCUGGGGCUGCUGGCAUCCCACUGCACUGAGCUCAGAGAGGAGACCCCCGUCACUGAGGCUGUUGUCAUGUUCACGGAGCUGAUCAGGGAGAACUUCAGGAACAGCAAACUGAAGCAGUGCCUGCUGCCGCCACUGGGGGAGCUGCUCUACCUCAUCGCCACACAGGAGGAGAAGAAAGAGAACCCAGGAGAGCUGUGGGUUGUUCCUGCUGCCGCCUACACGGUGUUAAUGAGGUGCCUUCGGGAAGGGGAGGAGCUGGUUGUGAACCACAUGGUGUGUAAGAUGGUGGAGAACGUGUGUACCCCGGCGUCUCACUACGCCCAGGGCUUCAUCACCGGGGAGAUAGGCCCCAUGCUCUGGUACCUGUUCACACACUCCAGUGUCGACUCACUACGCGUCAGCGCCAUCUCAGCCCUGUGCAGAAUCACCCGCCUCUCAGCCAGUGCCUUCCACAGUGUGAUUGACAAGGUGGGGCUGCCAGCCAUCUUAGCCAGCCUGGUGUCGGGGAUCAGCCGUGUCCAGCAGCACAUACUCACCAUGUUCUCUGCCAUGCUGGCGUCAGGGGCCCACGCCCAGCUACACAGACUAGUCCAGGAGCGGGACUUUGUGGUGAAGAUAAUGCGUUCACUGGAGAGCCCGUCCUCUGUCAUCAGAGCCAAGGCCUUCCUGGUUCUCCUUCAGGUCCUCUGCAGCAACAGGGACAUGCUGCUACUCUGCUGCAACUCUAGACUGGUGAUGUACAUUGAAAGAGACAUCAGGCAGGCCACGCCAGGGAAGGAGCUACAAAGCAGCAAUGAAUACCUGUCAAAAUGUCUCCAUCUGCUCAUCCGUCACGUCGUGCUGCAGCUGCCAGCCAUUCUGGAUGACAUGCUGUCCGCGCUGGGCAGUAUAGUGGGCAGGAAGCAUCCCUCCACUGUUCAGGCCAAGCAGCUGAAACAGAGUGUACCUAUGAUGACUGUGGUGCUCCACCUCCUCACCUCUCAGAUAUUCCGGCCACAGGUUGUGACUGAGGAGUUUCUCUUCAAAUUUGGAGCACUGCUGAGUCACAUAACAUCUAUUGAUGCCAGUGAGACCAGUUUGGGCAGUGCAAUAGGACAAGCAGGUUCAGAGGAGCUGAUCAGGAACACUCUGUCAGCUGUGGAGGCCAUCACCCAGCACCCAGCCCUGCUGACGCCCCAUCACUGUCCUGUUGUUGAUUGCAUUCUUCCUCCACUGACUUCUCUUGCCUUCAGUAAAAAUGUGGAGUGGCGUAUCGUCAGCUUGCGUGUUCUGUCAGAGAUCACACUGCUGCUGCUGAGCCAAGAGGCCGUGGAGGAGGGAGAGGGGAGAGAGAGAGAGUGCAACUCUUCAACUGGCAGACUACUGACUCUCAUUACAGAAGCCCUUCUUCCACAGUAUGAAUCUCUCCUGUUGGAGCCAGACCCAAUCCCAGUCUACGCUCUCAAGCUGCUGGUGGCCCUCACAGAACACAGCAGCCCCGUCAACAGCCUGGUCAGAGACAGCAGGAUCCUACCUGUUGUCUUUCAAGUCAUGGCGGAGCACCAGGACAAUAUCCUGGGUGGAACCAUGCAGAAGGCCAUGGCUCUCCUCAGCAACCUGACUGGACAGAAAGACGUGGAUCUACAACCCUUCUACCAACAAGGUACG